AUGGCCAGUCUCUCUCUCAGUAGCUCUAAUGAGAUUGAGGAAGAUGUCCGCGGCGUCCAACCCCGCCGUUGUGUCUCGCUGAGUUCCGUGGACUCGGAGCCCAUUCCCAAACGCCGCAGAACCGACACCCAAUCCCACCACGGCGAUCAUGAAGAAGAAGCACAACAAUCACACUCACAAUCACAACAACACACGAGUGCCCAUCACGAUGUGGAUGACUUGGACGAUGUGGACUCGGACGCGGAGGAGAAUGACGCCCACACCUCCACACCGGCGGCGCUGCGGGAUGUUGGGAUUGGGGCGCUGGCGGCAACUCACGCGGCGUUAAUGCGCGGCCCCGCCGGACUGCCGCUGCGGCGAAUUCCCCUCAACGCCGUCUCCGAGGCCGCCAUCGCCACCAUUACGGCCGUGAUGGGCCCACACAUGGUGCCCAGACUCGAAGAGGAAGAGGAAGAAAAGGAAGAAGGAAAAGAAGAAGAUCAUAGAGUGGGUAUACCUUCAACAACAACAACAACAGUGUCGUUAACACGGGAGGAGAUAUUAGUGGUGGUGGCCGAUCACGCGGAGGGGGCGUUGGUGUUGGACGCCGGCACUCGUGUGUGUUUGGCGGACGGCACUGUUGUCGGUGUGAUCGCCGCCGUGAUGGGGCCGGUCCACGCCUGUGCCUACGCCAUCGCCUCCUACUACCACAAACACCAACAACAACAACAACAACAACAAGAAGAAAAAGAAAAAAAAGAAGAAGAAGAACUCUCAUCCUCAUCAUUAUUACCACCAUUAGAGCCAGGCACACUGCUCUCUUAUGAUCUCACAACACACCGCAUUCUACACGAUCCCCUCGCGCAGUGCGACACUCGCCGCGGCACAGAUGCGAGUUACAUCAACGAUGAGGAACUCCCCCCGCACGCACGGCCCGACUUCUCUGAUGAUGAGGCCGAACGGCAAUGGAAGACACAACGGCGGAUGCACAAACGCAGUGAACACCACCACCACCGGCAGCACACACACGCAGAGGAGGAACUCUCCUCCGAUGAGGAGCCGGUGGAAGUGGAUUGGGAGAAGAUUAACGCACUAGAGGCCUGCCUGCAGGUACAGUCUACUACUACUAUUCCUAUUACUAUUACUAAUAGUAGUAGUAAUAGUGGUACGGUGGGUAUAACAGCAACAUUAGAGAAGGAAGAAGAAAAAAAAGAAAAAGGAGUGCCUUCAUCAUGCCACACUAAACUUGUAAUUCCUCCGUGGGUUACAAACUAA